GGGAGAGGUUAGCACGCCCCUCCCUCCCCUCCCUCCUCCCUCGGGCCCCGGGGUUCCUCAGCUGGCUCAGUCCGAAUCAGUGUCAUUCAGAGAGAAGGACAGCUGAGGGCUGGGCGCGAACGCGCGGCUGCAGUCCUGCUCGGGCGCCGGUGCCUGCGCUCGCGCCGCCGGGUGGGAAGGAUGAAGCCUCAGCCGGAGCAGCCACCCUAUGAUUGGCUGUGGCGCUUGUGAACCCGAAGUAAAGAUGGCGGGCGGGCAGGCAGCCGCCGCACUGCCCACUUGGAAGAUGGCGGCGCGCCGCAGCCUCAGUGCCCGCGGCCGGGGGGUCCUGCAGGCAGCUGCGGGCCGGCUGCUGCCGCUGCUACUGCUGAGCUGCUGCUGGGGAGCGGGCGGCUGCACAGCGGCCGGCGAGAACGAGGAGACCGUGAUCAUCGGGCUGCGGCUGGAGGAUACGAACGACGUGUCGUUCAUGGAAGGGGGUGCUCUGCGGGUGAGCGAGCGGACCCGGGUCAAGCUGCGGGUGUACGGGCAGAACAUCAACAACGAGACGUGGUCCCGCAUCGCCUUCACUGAGCACGAGCGGCGCCGGCAUACACCCGGCGAGCGUGGGCUGGGGGGCCCCGCGCCUCCGGAGCCGGACAGCGGCCCCCAGCGCUGCGGCAUCCGCACCUCAGACAUCAUCAUCCUGCCCCACAUCAUUCUCAAUCGCCGCACAUCGGGCAUCAUCGAGAUCGAGAUCAAACCGCUGCGCAAGAUGGAGAAGAGCAAGUCGUAUUACCUGUGCACGUCUCUCUCCACGCCCGCACUGGGUGCCGGCGGCUCCGGGUCUGCGAGUGGCGCCGUCGGGGGCAAGGGUGGCGCGGGGGUGGCCGGACUCCCACCUCCUCCGUGGGCCGAGACCACCUGGAUUUACCACGAUGGUGAGGACACCAAGAUGAUAGUGGGCGAGGAGAAGAAGUUCUUGCUGCCCUUCUGGCUGCAAGUGAUCUUCAUCUCGCUGCUGCUGUGCCUGUCGGGCAUGUUCAGCGGCCUCAACCUGGGGCUCAUGGCUCUGGACCCGAUGGAGCUGCGCAUCGUGCAAAACUGCGGCACGGAGAAAGAGAAGAAUUAUGCCAAGCGCAUCGAGCCUGUGCGCAGGCAGGGCAACUACCUGCUGUGCUCGCUGCUGCUGGGCAACGUCCUGGUCAACACCACACUCACCAUCCUGCUGGACGACAUUGCGGGCUCAGGCCUUGUGGCGGUGGUGGUCUCCACCAUUGGCAUCGUCAUCUUCGGAGAAAUCGUGCCCCAAGCCAUCUGCUCCCGACACGGCCUGGCGGUAGGGGCCAACACCAUCUUCCUCACCAAGUUUUUCAUGAUGAUGACCUUCCCCGCUUCUUACCCGGUUAGCAAACUGCUGGACUGCGUCCUGGGCCAGGAGAUAGGCACUGUCUAUAACCGGGAGAAGCUGCUGGAGAUGCUCCGGGUUACUGACCCCUAUAACGACCUCGUGAAGGAGGAGCUGAACAUCAUCCAAGGGGCGCUGGAGCUCCGCACCAAGACGGUGGAGGACGUGAUGACUCCCCUCAGGGACUGCUUCAUGAUCACCGGCGAGGCCAUCCUGGACUUCAAUACCAUGUCCGAGAUCAUGGAGAGUGGCUACACUCGAAUCCCAGUGUUCGAGGGAGAGCGUUCCAACAUCGUGGACCUGCUCUUUGUCAAAGACUUGGCCUUCGUGGAUCCAGAUGACUGUACUCCCUUGAAAACCAUCACCAAAUUUUACAACCACCCCCUGCACUUUGUUUUCAAUGACACCAAGUUGGACGCUAUGCUGGAAGAGUUUAAGAAAGGUAAAUCCCACCUGGCCAUUGUGCAGCGAGUGAACAAUGAGGGAGAAGGGGACCCAUUUUAUGAAGUUCUGGGAAUUGUCACCUUGGAAGAUGUGAUUGAAGAAAUCAUCAAAUCUGAAAUCUUGGAUGAGACAGACCUGUACACUGAUAACAGAACAAAAAAGAAAGUGGCCCACCGCGAAAGAAAGCAAGAUUUCUCUGCCUUUAAGCAGACGGACAGCGAGAUGAAGGUUAAAAUAUCACCGCAGCUUCUCCUGGCCAUGCACCGUUUCCUAGCAACAGAAGUAGAAGCAUUUAGCCCAUCCCAGAUGUCAGAGAAGAUCCUCCUAAGGCUGCUAAAGCACCCCAAUGUCAUCCAGGAACUGAAGUACGACGAGAAGAACAAGAAAGCCCCGGAGUGCUACCUCUACCAGCGGAACAAGCCCGUAGACUACUUCGUCCUCAUUUUGCAGGGGAAGGUGGAGGUGGAAGCUGGCAAAGAAGGCAUGAAGUUUGAAGCAAGCGCUUUUUCAUAUUAUGGUGUGAUGGCCCUCACAGCCUCUCCAGUUCCUUUGUCCCUGUCUCGCACCUUUGUUGUCAGCAGGACAGAGGUGUUAGCUGCGGGCUCUCCAGGUGAAAAUAAGUCACCUCCUCGCCCCUGUGGCUUGAAUCACUCAGACUCUCUCAGUCGGAGCGACCGGAUUGACGCCAUGACACCCACCUUGGGGAGCAGCAACAAUCAACUCAGCUCUUCAUUCCUUCAAGUCUACAUCCCUGACUACUCCGUCCGAGCCCUCUCUGACCUACAGUUCGUCAAGGUCACUGUUGGAGAAGAGAACCAUCGUGUGUUGGGCUUCCUGCACAGGGAACCCUCAGGCUUCAGCGUCAGCCUCCUCCUUCAGGUAGGAGGUCCGCUAACCCCAGGGUGGACUCUGGGAGGGUGACGUGUUGGGUUGCUCUUUUGUUGAAUAGCUGAUGACUGAAAACUGUGUGUGUGUGUGUGUGUGUGUGUGUGUGUGUGCACUAGGACUGGAACCCACGGCCAUGUGCAUGCUUGGCAGGUGCUCUAUCACUGCCACACCUUGGCUUGGGCCUUGGUGCCAUGUCCCGACAGUGCUAUGGUGGGGAGUGGGCCUGGAGAGUUCUGGUUGAGAAAAGCUGGCACACUUAGUGGAGGGUCAUUGAGAGUGGCCUUUAAAGGAGCCACUGAGUGACCUGCUAAUGGUACCUAGAAUGCCACUUUGGGAUGAAGUUCCUACCAGGGGAACCCCACACAGUGAGUGCUCCCCCCCCCAAACACAUCCAGGUGAAAAAAUCAGCUUAAUAAGGAGCAUAGUGUGUGCAGAUGUGAGCUCUCUGAGUGUGGCCAGGGCCUCUCCAACAGGCUUCCAGCUGGCCCACCCUGAGGCCUGGGGAGCCAGGAGCCCAGCCAAGGCUUUCUAGUGGUAAGUGUUCCACUCUGUCAGCCUCUCAGGCAUGGUACACUUCUGCCUCAGACAGCCUUGCUCCUGGAAGGAGCCUCUGGAAGAGAUGCACCUUGGUCCUCUUUCAGAGUUUUACUGUUGAUGGAUCCCAGAGAUGCGUGACUCUAGGGAGCUGAGAGAGCAUCAGUCACCACCUGCAGUGGCAGCUAACUGUAGAGUUCUCUUACAAAGAAGCCGAGGAGUGGGGUUCUCAGAGAUUGAGACCGGGGCCCGCCAGCUUUGUGUUCAUCUCCCAUUAAUGAACUAAUUACCUUUGGUUAGUUACUUCUACAAUAACCAGGAAUUCAGAAUAGUUCCUCCACUGUCCCAGAGAACGCGAAGGUGGCCUGGCCAUAAUUUGAGCUGCCCUGGGGAGAAGUCUCAGUCUUCAAACAGGGCUUGAAUCUGAGUGAGCAAUGUUUCCAAGUCUCCCCCUCCCAAGCCGACUCCUGGGACAACUGAAGGGAGCACUGGCUAAAGAGGCAAAGGCCUCUCUGAGUGGAUCUUGGCUAGAUAGAAAUGGCACAUGCUAUCUUUGGCCUCACCCCAUGGGCUUCCCAGCCAAAAGAGACUGGCAAGUAGUAGAGUGGCCAUGUACAGGGGCUCCUUCCUUGUGGCUCUAGCCUAGAAUCCCUCCCAGGCUGCUUGCUGCAUGUGCAAACGUGGAGGGGAUGGGUCAGGCUGGACAGACUCGGGCCUCGGGAGUUCUGGUUGCCCUGGGCCUGCCCUGGUGCCUCUGCUGCCAGCCAGAGGGCAGGGCUCAACUAGAACUGGAUGCCUAUGUGCACAUAUUGCUGGGUCCCUGUUAGUGAGGGUCCUUCAUUCACUGCCCUUUGUACAUAAGGCAAGUCAAAAGUCUAAUGAAGUCUUAGGAAAAGAGAAUCCUGACACUUAACGAGUAUUGGGGUGCUAGUCAACUAGCUAAAACUUUGGUUCCUGAUUUGAAGGUGCCUCCUGUUUCAUACUCUCUGUGGGCAUAGUUGACCUCAUGUGAAGGGAGCUGAGCCACAAACCACUUUCUCGUGUUAUUCCAAGAAACGUGUGCAGGUGUUCAGUGUAGAACUUCACACUGAUACACAACACUAACUGUGAAAAGUCACCUUGCCAUUCCCAGCUCUGUACAGCUAAAGGGCCGGCUUUUCCAAAUCUAGGAAAACAUGGCAGGUCCAAAAGUAUUAGAAAAUGGAGUGACAGGAUUCUGAGUUAACACAGGGACCAUGAUCUUCAGCCCGCAAGUUAUUUAGGUUAAGGAGGAAAACCAAGUAGGUGCUGUGUGACUCGGCCUGCGUCCUGGCUAGUGAAAACGUUAACCAAGCACCUCUGUCCUUCUCUGAAGGCUACCAGGGAUCUGCCACCAUGACUGUGCCUGAACCCAGGGGGUGAGGUCUCCCAGGGAUGAACCCAAGCAGGUUGACUCUCUGGACUGCUGCAGUGUACACACCUUGUCCUCUGGAGCAGGCCAAGGGCUGGCUUCUUCAGACACACCAUGCAGUCUGACCCCGCUGUGGCUUGGCUUAGUUCCUCUCGGCUGUUCCCGUGAAGGGCUCAUGGCUAAACAGCUUAGGUCGCAGUGUGCCCUCUCUUCUGAGGGACCAGGCUCUCCUGGGCUAUGUUUGCUUCCAUUCUGGGCCAUAGGCUGUGGUGCUUCUGUCCAACAAGGACAACUGGGUAAGUUGUAGGCUAGCCCAGAAUUAGGAAUUUUGAGGUGAAUAUGGAAGUGGUAGUGGGGGUAUUUGGAAGUUUCUUCCCAUACAAAUUUAUCAGUGAGGAAUCUACUCAGUGGACUUGUAUACCUCAGGGCCAUUUACUUCUGUGUUUUAGUAGCUGAUGGGAAAGAUGAACUUGUUGAGCUUCGUUUGCUUCUAGCUGAGGGAUGAGCAGUGCUCCGAGGCCGAGCUGCUGUUACUAGCCCUGGGCCUGGAGUGAGCAAGCCUUCCUCUGGCACCUGGAAUCAAUGCUGAUUUACUGGCUUUCCUUCUGGAGAGUCCCCAGUGGUCCUGCACCCCCAUGGCCACCUCUAUCAGGCAGAAGGGAGCAAUCCAUACACAGCAGCUCAAGUGAGCAUCUGGGGACCUUUGCUUCUUAUGUUCCCUGUGGCUGACAUAGCUCAUGCAGCCUUUUUAUACCAGAGCUAUUGGAGACAUCUCAACUGAAGUUGUUUUAAAUGCUUUUUGAUGGGGAAUGCCAGGCAGUACUUGAAGCAAUAUCAAAAUAGCAAGUCAGGUUCUAGGUAUUUGUAUGUGCACAGCUGGAAGGUAGGAGAGGUGUGGGCCAGUGUUUUCAGAUGAUGACGUAUCAGGGUACUGUCUAACUUCACUUAGAAGGGCAUGUUCUGAUGUUGCGCACAUCUGAUCCACGCGGAUUUACUUCUGGGGCUGGAUUCUUUGAGUCGCCCUAAAGAGAAUUAUCAAAAGGGCCUGACAGGCCUGAGUGCCUGCUCUUCUUGGAAACUCGGGUUUCUUCCAUACAAACAGUUGGGGUCCCAAGACCUCUAAGAAGCAAGGGAAGUGAAGACUCAUUCCCUAGAGAGGCCCCGCCUGGCUUCCGAGUCACUACUACCCAUGUCAGGUCUACUGUGAAGUCUCAUCAGCCUAUUGACUUUUGUUUUUGCAGUCCUUUAAAUCCACAAAUGUAUAUGCUUUAUUUUAUAUUAUUUAUUAUGUACAUAUGUCUCUACUGUUAGUAUAUCAUCUGUGACUAAGACACUCUUUGAAACCCCUCAUCCAUUGAGCCUAGGGUUCUGUUGUCCCUUAUUGGGUGAGAGGGUAGUAGUAUUCUUUGUUUAAAAGGAAAAACAAAAAAACAAAAAACCAUAUUGCUGCUCUUACACCAGCUUCUUUCAUUGCCUUACCCCAACCCAUCCCUGAUGGCCAGUAUUUGGGAGGUAGAUGGAGGCAGAGCUUCUCGUGUCUCCGUGAGUCACUGCAGAAGUAGGUUUUGGAUGACUGGGUCUCUUUCCUAUGCAGUGAAGACCAGAGCCUCCUUCCUCAUCCACACCCAAGCCAAAUCAACUUCCUGGUCCCAAAAUUACGGCUUCUACUGCCCACCUUGCAUUGCAGAAUCUAUCUGCAGUGGAAGCUGCCCACCUAGGUUCUGAACAUGCCUCCUCCUGGUGUUAUGGCCCAGUUACUAACAUUGCCUUGGGCCUAAUGUAAGCCCUGCUUUGUCCGAUUUCCACCCUUCUCAGCCAUACCCACUAUAUCAUGGCGUACAUUUCAUACAUUUGAGCAGUGGCAUCAACAGAAAGCUAAACACAGGUCACGUGCACAAACUUCACAAGCUGUCAUAACAGAUGCGUUUAUAAUUCAAAUGUUGUAGAUUUACAAUACCUAUUUAUUUGUACCAAUUUAUUUGUAAAUCUUGUGAUUGUUUUUAAAAGUUUUUGUUUAUUUCUAUUAUUCUAUUUAGAUAAAUGAUUUUUCUGUUCACCCUUUUAGCA